AACUAACAAUAUAUGUAUGAAAGUUUCGUUGUUGCUUUAUCGGUGGAAGCUUUGAGGGUAAAAUACAUUGUUCAAUCCCACCCUUUGUGAACAAUGUGUAUAGCUUUGUUUCUUUGGCAAUGCCACCCAAUGUACCCUUUUCUCCUUUUGAACAACAGAGAUGAAUAUCACAAUAGGCCUACGAAGCCAGUGUCAUGGUGGGAAGAUUGUGAUAUUUUGGGAGGAAGAGACGAAAUAGCAAUGGGAACAUGGUUGGCUUGUUCUACACAAGGAAGGGUGGCUUUUCUUACCAAUGUUUUGGAGCUUCACACCCUCCCUGAGGCCAAAAGUCGCGGAGACCUACCUGUUCUAUUUCUCAAGAGCAACAAGCAACCCAAAGAAUUUGCGGAAAGUCUAAAAUCAGAGGCUCAUUAUUACAACGGCUUCAACUUAAUCGUGGUCGAUGUUGUGUCCAAAUCAAUGGUGUACAUCUCCAACAGGCCCAAGGGACAACCUAUUACCAUUCAAGAAGUUCCACCAGGGCUUCAUGUACUUACAAAUGAUAAGUUAGAUUCGCCAUGGCAUAAGGCUCUGCGCCUUGAAUUCAGUUUCAAAAAACAUAUUGCAAAAUAUGGUGAAGGUGAGAUACCUGUGAAGGAGGUAAUUCAAAUGCUAAUGAAGGACAAAGUUAAAGCUGACAAAAGCCUACUUCCUCGUAUAUGCUCACCUGAUUGGGAAUUCAAUCUGAGCUCCAUUUUUGUUGAAGUAGAAACACCACUGGGUUUAUAUGGCACGAGAAGUAGUGCUGCAUUAACCGUAAGAUCAAGUGGGGAAGCAAGCUUUUAUGAGAUUUAUCUGGAUGACACCAAGUGGAAGGAACAUGUUAUCAAUUUCCAUAUUGGAAAGUUGGAGUACGCAGAAGAACUAUAUAAAGCAGUGAUGGAUGAAGUAGCUUAGGCAAAACUAGAAUUAUGUAAAAGUAAAACACAUUGCUAGCUUCCUUAGUGUGCUUAAGUAUCAUUCAUAAACGAGGAAGGAUCAAGAUAAAUUGAUCCUCUCUCUUCAUAUUUUUAUAUGAUUGGUAAGAUAUGGCAUCAAUAAGCACGGCUAGUAGAGUGCGUGUGUGAAGAUUAGAAUCACAUACAAAAUUGUAACACCCGAAUUGAAUUAUCACUGUUGGAUAUCUCUGACUAAAGUUCCUUUUCUUAGUGUUCUUCUAACGAGAGUACUUGGUUAAUGACUUAAUGCAUGGGGUUACAAGCUUUUCUUUCCUCA